AUGUGCUCCUCGAACGCAUUCGUUGCAGCUUCCAUUCUGCAUCUUUUAGGUGGUAGUUAUGGUCAAACGUCAUCGUUGGCCGACGAAAUGAACAACGGACGUAAUCAAAUGAACGACAACAACAACACGCUCGCAGGCAAUACAAUUAUUGGCAACACAAAUGCCCUUCUCAAUAACGGUACAGUACGAAAUAAUCAACGCUCAUUUCUGACACUCAAAUGUGGUUACCUACUCGAUGAGGAUUCUAGUCCCGAUUCGGAACGUUUGCAAAGUUUGGGUGAUGUGGAUAGCGGUCAUAGUACUGCGCAUUCACCGAAUGAUUUCAAAAGCAUGUCCCCACAAAUCACUUCCCCCGUUUCACAAUCGCCAUUCCCUCAACCCUUCGGUGGUGUGCCCUUCGCCCAAUUGGAAAUGCUCGAAGCUACACACCGUGGCUUACACAAAUUCAUACCACGUCAUCAUGAUGAGAUCGAAAUUGAAAUUGGCGAUGCUAUUUACGUACAAAAAGAGGCUGACGAUCUGUGGUGUGAGGGUGUAAAUUUACGCACUGGUAGACAGGGUAUUUUCCCAUCGGCCUAUGCGGUCGAUUUGGACUACAAUGAAUUUGAUCCCACGGUGCAGCAGGUGAAGAAAGAGCGUUAUUUACUCGGUUAUUUGGGUUCGGUGGAGACACUGGCUCACAAGGGAACCGGUGUGGUGUGCCAAGCUGUACGGAAAAUUGUGGGCGAAUAUGGCAAUUCACCAACUGGACAAGUGUGCAUACUGGAAGUAUCCGAUCAGGGACUGCGCAUGGUGGAUCGUUCCGGGCCAAAUAAGAAGGACAAGAAACCCUGCAUCGAUUACUUCUAUUCGCUGAAGAAUGUCUCAUUCUGCGCAUUUCAUCCACGCGAUCAUCGUUUUAUUGGCUUCAUAACGAAGCAUCCAACGGUGCAACGUUUUGCGUGCCAUGUCUUCAAAGGUUCAGAAUCUACACGACCAGUUGCUGAAGCUGUUGGUCGUGCAUUUCAACGCUUCUACCAGAAAUUUAUAGAAACUGCAUAUCCGAUUGAAGAUAUAUAUAUAGAGUAAGCCGAUUGCAAUCGCUGAUGACGGCUGGCAAAAAGGAUGUGCUACACUACUACAUAUGUAUAUAAGUAGUUAUUGUUAGUGCUGGUUUGUGGUUUACGCUUAUUUUUUCCCCAAAUUCAUUAACACAAAUGAAAAAUGUUGUCUUCAACAAAUACCAAAUAAGUAAAAAGUACUCAUGCUCGCGUUUAUUGGAUGAAAACGGAAAAUUGAAAUACAUACUUACUAAAGUAAUUAUGUAAUAAAACUAAAAUUAUUCCAAUUUGAAUUAACAAGAAAACUCUUUAGUAGGAGAAAAAUUAGUAAUAUGUAAUCAAUUAGUUACCACAUUAUUGACAUGUUUGACUUGUUUAAUUCAGUUCUUUGUAUUGGUGGUAUGCAAUUUAUUUGUAGAGUUCCAGCAGUGUUCGAAAAAAAAGCAAAUUUGUCCUAAAGCCAAGGCUUUUAACUGAGACUUUCUCUUUUGAUUCCCGUACUGAUUUAUGGCCAUGGCGAAAUAUUCACAGCCGACUGUGUUCUUUAUUACUAUUUUCGUAGUACAGUACUCCCCUGUUAACAGACACCGCUUAAAUAAUUUUCUCAGUUACAUGUAUUAACUUGAAACUCGUUCAAAGCCGCAAAGCAUUCAUGUUUUUAGUAAGGCAGAGCUUUUGUGAAGUGAGCAUCGGUUAAUUGAGCCAACGAAUAAUUACAAGAAAUGCUAUUGAUCGUCUUCAAUUAAACGGGCCCCACUGUGUUGCUUGAUGAAUUGUAACUGUGAAAAAUGCGUGU